CCCAGAGGCAUAGUAAACGACCUCUUCAUGUGCAUUAUAAUUUAAUACGGCGGAUAUGCAGCUGCUGAUCGGCUUCAUCACCUUGGCAGCUAUCUCUACCGUGACCGCACUCGAACUGACACCGUCCGUUGAGAAUCCCAAGCGAUUACCGUACAACUUGAAUUCUAUCUCAUCACUCGAAAAUAUGAAGCGUCCAAGUGGAGAUUCCACUGCGAUGUUAUUUCCCGAAGAGGAUGACGACAUCGGUCAGUACGAUCCUGAAGAUGAAGUCGACGAGGAAACACUGAGGUCUGUGUCAGAGGAGCGAAUGGGCAAGAGAAGCAUUGCACUAGGUAGAAGCGGGUUCCGUCCUGGAAAGAGAUCGCUGUCACUUGGAAGAUAUGGAUUCAGACCCGGAAAGCGAUCUCUGUUCGAUUCAGCUGAUCGCGAUGGGUUUUUGACCCCAGUGGAUAAGCGUUCUUUGGCCAUGGGAAGAAUGGGCUUCAGGCCUGGAAAGAGAAGCAUGGCUAUGGGACGCCUUAAUUUCCGUCCCGGAAAAAGAAGCGAAGAUUUCGACAACGAAUUGGAGCUCAGUGCUGCUAAGCGCAGUAUCGCCAUGGGACGUGUGAAUUUCAGACCAGGUAAAAGGUCUGUAGCUUCGGGUAGAGUGGGUUUCAGACCUGGAAAAUAAACCGCUAUGCAGUGCAAAACACAACGGCUUCUUCUUCACCCCAUAUGAAGCUCGAAGAAGUUUACAUAGGUCUUUUUCCUCGUUUUGUUACAUCAUAGCCGCCCAUUCACUGCAAUAUACUACAAACCAGUCGUACCCCCUUUGACGAUGAGAUCUCAAGUUGCACUCCGGUGUGGUCCUGACGCGUGUAUUGACAGAA